CUAUAAGUUGAUUUUUGGCUUAAGAGCCAUCCUGACUAUUGUAAACUUAUUUGCAUGGAUCGUAGCCAUUACCAGACCUGUCUGUGCCUCUCCAGGCAGCUUGAGAAUGAGUGGGUGGAGUUAAGGUUCCUUAGAAGCCGCCCAAGCCCGCUCAUUUUAGCCCGCUCAGUGCGGGCGGAAGUCAGACAGAAAAGGUUGCACGUGGCAGAGGCAGAAAUGCGGAGGGAGAAGGGUUCAGAGCUUUGGCAGAAAGCUUGGGGAUGAAGUGACUCUUCUAUUUGCACGUUCACUGGCAGAAGUUCCCGCGAUGCUGUUUUGAGGACAGAUUGACCGGUACCCAUCCCUACCCGCCAAUCCCCAUAGCAACCAGCCCGGGGACUGGGUCCUGAUCCGCAGACACCAGUGCAGGACCUUAGAGCCAAGAUGGAAAGGGCCCUACUUUGUCAUCCUGACCACACCCACCGCUCUCCAGGUGGACCGCCUUGCAGCCUGGAUCCACCACUCCCACACCCGACUGGCAGACCCGUUCGCCCUUCCAGAGGAACGCCAGGACGAGACCUGGGAGGCCUCUGAACACCCCUCCAACCCGCUAAAGUUCAAGCUCCAACGCCAAAGAACAUGAAGCCCGUCCUGCUUCUGCUGCUUCUGCUUGUGAAAGCUUCCCACGGGGCAGGUCACUCCAACAACCCUCAUGCGCCAUGGAACCAGACCUGGCUGGUAGUCAACGAGGAAACUGGCGUCAUUGCCAAUUCCAGCUCCUCGAUCGGAGAACCUAAGGACCCCUGGUUCCCGGACUUGUAUGUCGACCUUUGUGAUCUGGUAGGAGAGGAGGCGUGGGACCCAUCAGACCAGGAACCUUUUCCCGGGUACGGGUGUGCUUCUCCUGGCCAGAGAAAGAGAACUAGGGAGCAACACUUUUAUGUAUGCCCUGGACAUUCCCGGAGCCGGGACCAAGUUAAAAAAUGUGGGGGCCCAGGGUCAGCCUAUUGUGCCGCGUGGGAUUGCGUAAGCACGGGGUAUAUUUGGUGGGAGGCCCCGAUAAAAACUGACUUGAUUACUGUGGGCCGCGGGGACAGAAGUAUGCUAGGAACAGGGAAAUGUCAACAAAAUAGCAGAUGGGUAGACUGCGGCCCUUGUUAUGAUAAGGAACGCUUCCCCAAUCAUCCAUGGGCAACCCCUGGAGGUCGCUGCAACUCCCUGAUAAUUAGGUUUACUGAAAAAGGAAAAAAGGCCAACUGGACCACUGGGAAAACGUGGGGGUUGCGGCUAUACCGUUCGGGGUAUGACCCUAAACUUACUUUCACCAUCCGGCGCACUCUGUCCCCAGUAAAAACCUCAGUGGGGCCCAACAUAGUACUGAACCCCCAACCAAAGCGAGUUGUGCCAGGGGACACAGCACUGCCACUGAAUCUGACCAUACCACCAUUAAGCCCAGCCACAUAGAGUCCCUGCUGUUCUCCCUGUUCCAAAAAUCCUUUCUGCUUCUUAAUGCCACUAGAGCCCAAUUUAACAGCCUCUCGUUGGCUCUGCUAUGAUACACAACCGCCUCCUUAACACUCCAACAGGUGGAGGGCCAAGGCUUAUGCAUAGGACAAGUUCCACUGGAAUCUCAGGUCCACUGCAAUGGUACUGAGCCACUUGGGAACCAGACGACACCUGGCGGGCGUGUUCCUCUGGGCUGACUCCAUGCGCACACCUCACGGUCCUUAAUAAGACCCGGGGGUUUUGUCUAUGAGUCGGACUCGUGCCCCGACUGAUAUAUCUCACACCGAGGAAGACCUGCCUGACCUAAUCGAGCCUAUCAGCCCCAGCCGCUGUCAGAGAGAACCAGUUACAGCCCCCACUCUAUCUGUGCUACUGGGGACUAGCUUGGCGGGACUGGGGACCGGGGCUGCGUCCCUGAUCGCUCCACAGCAGCGAUAGUCCAGCCUCCGCCUUUCCCUCGAGGAGGACAGAGAGACACUGGAAAACUCCAUCUCACACCCCCCAGGACUCCCUAUCCUCCCCAGCAGAGGUGGUCACGCAAAACAGGAGAGGGCGAGAUCUUAUUUUCCUGAAGGGAAAAAAGGUUAUGUGCCGCCCUAGGUGAGGAAUGCUGUUUCUAUGGAGACCACUCCGGAGAAUCAGUGGCCAGAGUAGAGGAGGGCUGGCAAAACGAAAAAGAGAACAUGAAGCCAACCAAAGCUGGUUCUGGAGUUGGUACUCCACAUCCCCCUGGCUUACUACUCUGGUCUCAUCCCUCAAAGGGCCCGUAAUACUCUUCUUUGUGGCCAUCGCCUUCGGACCUUAUGUCAUAAAUAAACUGCUCCGAUAUAUGAGGGAACGACUAGGUACGGGCCAGCUUAUGGUACAAAGAGGGCAUACACCACUAAAUACCACCGAAUUCGAGUUAUAUGCUGACCCUAGAGAAGAUGGGAAAGAGUCCCAUGAGUAGGAGCUAGUUAGGGGCCCAUGACUGAACCCCAUUAGGAUCAAAGAAAGGGGGGACUAUGAGGCCUCUGUAAGACCCCUACUCUCUUCUCCAGAGAGGAAAAAGCUUAGGCAAGGGUAUCUUAAUAUUCUGGACACCCUCUGUCUUCGGUGGUCUCUCUGGGGGUCGUGAUCUGGGCAGAACACUGUAAAUGCAUAUGCAUCUAUAUCACACACAAAUCUUUUAACAAAUGUGGCCUGUACACUCUAUCUUUUGUGGGGUGCUGAUGAUUGUAUGAAGUGGCCCUGUGGUGGUUUGGAUGAGAAUGGCCCCCCAUGAGCUCCUUUAUUUGAGUGUUUGGUUCCUCCUUGGUGGAACUACUACAUUUUGGGAAGGGUUAGGAGGUGUGGCCUUGUUGGAGGUAUGUCACUGGGGGAUGGGCUUUUAAGGUUUCAAAAGCCCAAACCAGGCCAGGUAUCUCUCUGCCUGCUGCUUGUGGGUCACAUGUGAGCUCUCCGCUACUGCUCAAGUGCCAUGCCUGCCUGCCUGCUGCCAUGCUCCCUGCCGUGAUGGUCCCAGGCUCACCCUCUGAAACUGAGCAAACCUCCUAAUCCGAUGCUUUCUUGUAUAAGUUGCCUUGGUCACCAUGUCUCACAGCAAUGGACCGGUGACUAAGACAGGCUUUGUCCAUCUAAACAUAUGCCAUCACUGAGCCACACCCCCAGACCAACUGUAUAUUUGUCAUCAAAUUUUAAAACCUGAAUCUUCCUCCCCCUUCCUGCCCCCCAGCUGAGGACCGAACCCAGGGCCUUGCUCUUGCUAGGUAAGCGCCCUACCACUGAGCUAAACCCCCAACCCCUAAAACCUGAAUCUUAAGAUGAUAAAAUUUAUCUAAAAGACAA